CUCCCUAUAAAACACGAGUGGUCACCUCAGCUCGUCGGGGUUUGCUUACUUCCACCCGAGGGGACUCUGUCGUUAGCCCGGGCGAGACAGCCUCCAUCACCACCAACACUCAACAAAACCAAGCACACAUGGCUCCUUUUGAGAAAUCUGUGGAAACGGUGCCCUUCAAGCAGAGGAAAUGUCUCGCAACAAGAAAAAACGAAGUGUGCAGCAUUCGGUCUAAAUUCCCCAACAAGCUGCCUGUGAUUGUCGAACGUUACAUCCGUGAAAGGACCCUUCCCCUGUUGGACAAAACAAAGUUCCUGGUUCCUUAUGAGCUCACCUUGGGUCAGUUCCUCUGCCUGCUCAGGAAUAAAAUCGCUCUGGACUCCACCCAGGCUCUGUUUCUCCUGGUGGCGGAGAAGAGCAUGUCCUGCAUGUCUUCCAACAUGGGGGAGGUGUAUACCCGCUACAGAGAUGCUGACGGCUUCCUGUAUAUCACCUAUGCCUCUCAGGAAAUGUUUGGAGCUCCUCUGCAAGCAGCCGAGCGGCCCUGCUGAGCCUGAAAAGUGAUUAAAUGAACUGAUUUGUGACCAGUGGAGACACCACACAACCAAACCUGGGGAAAAAAGGACAAACUGAGCCAAAGCAAGACUGUUCCUCCCCCCCAAAGAGCACAUCUGUCUACCUCGUGAAACCUCCCUGGACUUAAAGACAUAACACGAGUCUGUGGUAAAGACUCAGAUUUGGUUUGGGGUCACAGAACUAAUUAUAUUUAAGGGUUUCUAUUAGAAGAUAUUCAGUAUAUAAACCUUUUUUUUAAUUAAGAAAAAAAUGUAAGAAUUUUUUUAAAUUUUAAUGUUUGGUGUGUAUUUUGUCUCUUUAAACAUAAAGAAAUGUCUUUCUAUUGAGUUUCAAUGCAGAUAAACCGGUGUUUGUG